UAACUACCAAGUACCAAGGCAGAACAAGAACAUGAUUUCAUAACGGAUCAUGAUGGUUUAUGUAUUCUAGGAAGAAAACUAUGCUAUCAAGGACUAUGAUGCGAACAACAUGCAGCAAAUGUUUGCCUAUUUCGUGCAACUGAAUGACUGGAAGAGAUGAGAAGAUAAACAGAACGGCAUCAGUGCCCACUGAAUAUGAUGCGGAAGUGACGUAGCAAGAAGGUCGGUGCGGACAUGGCGAAACACACAACACGACAGGUGGCGGUACUUGUCGCAGUGUGUUUGUUGGCCGCAAAGUCAGCUCACACGAAGAACGAGACUAUGGAAUCUUGCCUGAAGGAAACAAACCCCCGACUGACCGAUGAACAAAGACUUCUAAUGAUCCUGAUGAGGUCUUAUAAUAACAAAACACGACCCGUCUAUAAUGCGUCACAUCCGGUUAACGUCAAGAUCGGACUUACCAUCACACAGAUAUUUGAUGUCGAUGAACGGAAUCAAGUGUUAACCAUCAACGUCUGGCUUGACCAGGAAUGGCAUGACGAGAAGCUGUCCUGGGACCCAGCGGAUUAUAACGGACUAGAAGUAUUGAGAAUUCCAUGUACGAAACUUUGGCUGCCCGAUAUCGUCCUCUACAACAGUGCCUCUAACUACAACGAAAAGUACAUGGAGGCGUUAGCAAUGGUGUCAUACAGCGGACGGGUGUUCUGGCCACCAAUUGUUAAACUGAAAAGCUCGUGUGAAAUGGACAUAACGUUUUUCCCAUUUGACGACCAAAUCUGUAAACUAAAGAUGGGAUCUUGGGCAUAUGAUGGCUUUCAAGUCGACAUUUUCAACAGAUCAACCCCUAUAGACCUUUCAAACUUUGUUGGCCAUGGAGAAUGGGAACUGAUUGACACGAAAGCUGUUCGAAACGUAGUUGUCUACCCUUGUUGUAAGGAACCGUUCCCAGAUGUCACUUUUACAGUCCACAUCCGGCGGCGCACGACCUACUAUUUGUACAACGUUAUCAUACCAUCAGUGAUGCUAUCGUCACUAGCUCUUCUAGGAUUUUGGUUGCACCCCGAUGGUGGAGAGAAGGUGACGUUAGGGUUGACUGUGUUAUUAUCUUUAUCCGUCUUCAUGCUGCUAAUAGCAGAAAACACGCCCGCCACCUCCUUCUACAUCCCGCUUCUGGGGAUAUAUUUGAUAACAACGAUGUCAUUCACUUCCGGUUCCGUCGUUGUCGCAGUGAGUGUGUCCAGUAUCCAUGCACGCGGUUCAUACAAUAAGAGAGUACCCACUGGACUCAAACGUUUCAUUAUGUGUCUUUCAAAAGGAAUCUGCAUGGAGACCAAAUACAUCAACAAAUGCUAUUAUGAAGAAGAACGGCCGGUCGUAGUACAGAUUAUAUCCAAGCCCAUGAAUGGCGAACUCAAUGGAAACAUUCAAAACACCGUUUGCCAGGAGGAACGUCGCAAGUUUCUAGAGGGUUAUGACGAACAAAUAACCGCCUCUACUCCUAUCAUAUCUGCUUGCGAUGAACAUAUGCGUCAACGGUCACAUCCGGGGUCGCUGAAAAAGAGUCAUGAGAACAAAUGUUGUGAGUCAUCGGUUGAUAAACCGGAUGUUUACAACGGAGCUAUUUUAGAUACUUUGAAGUGCCUUUUGGACCAAAACAAUGCCAGGCAACGAGAAGAGGACUUAAAGAAACAAUGGGAGGAGGUCGCUAUGGUGAUCGAUAGAUUCCUUUUCUGGCUAUUUCUGUUCGGAAACAUUAUUUCGUCGUUGUAUCUACUUGUAUUGUGCCCUAAUGUAAUGCAAAACAAAUCAAUUGAUUAAGACGUACCAUCCCAACAUAUCCAAUGCAUAUUUACUGAAUCAUAUUUCAUGACAAAAAUGUACUGCUAUUCAUCUUGUGAUUAUGACGUAUAAUUUGCACCAGUUACGUUGUAUUUACGUCAUUCGUGGUGUGUCAGAUCAGCUAGUUGAUGAACAGGUCAUUUAUGAAGCUAUUCAUUUCAUGCUUACAUACGGGUUUCCAUACUUGUCAGUUGUACUUUUCAUGUGACAACACUGACUGUAACACACCAACUUCUGUAUAUACAUCUAUGUUCUAGUAACGCAUUUAUUCGG